GGUGCAGGCGGACAGCCCUUCAGCACCAGUGAACGUCACUGUCAGGCACCUCAAGGCCAACUCUGCAGUGGUCAGCUGGGAUGUCCUGGAAGAUGAAGUUGUCAUUGGAUUUGCUAUCUCUCAGCAGAAGAAGGACGUGAGGAUGCUGCGCUUCAUCCAGGAAGUGAACACUACCACCCGCUCAUGCGCCCUGUGGGACCUGGAGGAGGACACAGAGUACAUCGUGCACGUGCAGGCCAUCUCCAUUCAGGGGCAGAGCCCAGCUAGUGAGCCGGUGCUCUUCAAGACCCCACGUGAAGCUGAGAAGAUGGCCUCUAAGAACAAAGAUGAGGUGACUAUGAAGGAGAUGGGGAGGAAUCAACAGCUGCGGACAGGGGAGGUGCUGAUCAUUGUUGUGGUCCUGUUCAUGUGGGCAGGUGUCAUUGCCCUCUUCUGCCGCCAGUAUGACAUUAUCAAGGACAAUGAACCCAAUAACAACAAGGAGAAAACUAAGAGUGCAUCUGAAACCAGCACUCCAGAGCACCAGGGUGGGGGGCUCCUCCGCAGCAAGAUAUGAAAUCCUUUCAGUGCUUGCCUUGAGCGGCUCAGAAGACAGUAGAGAAUGAGAGGAUCUCAUGAUUCUGACGAUGAUUAUCCAACCAACCUCCAGCCCUCCGUGCACCUCCUCCUCCCCCCACUUUGUAUCCUCCAGCUUAUUGUCCUCUGUCUCUCCGGGCUUCUCUCUUUCUGGCACCUUUUCCUGAAGCCUCUUAUUGCCCCCUAUUUCCAGAAACACCUCAACAAUGUCAGUGGCUGAGGCUAUGCCCAGAGGCAGAUCUGCAGAAGAUGAGCAAACCAGCCAGAGGGACGACUGCUGGGAAAGAUGGAGGUACCAGGGCUCUGAGCCCAGGAUUCAGUUGUGGCCACUGAGUGAGGCUGAAGGCUGGGUUGGAAAAAGCAGACAGAUGCAGCCUCCAGGGAGGGCUGCUCUUCCCACAGGGAUAAGAGCCAGGCUUUUAGGCUGUAGCCCUGCUGGCUCCCAUCUUCCUUAGGCCCUGUUUCUCACCUUGCAAGAAGUCUGUUCGAUUAGCUUUGGCCACUUCUCUCAUUUCUUUCCUCCCAGUUUCCAAACAAGCCCUCAGUGAACAUCAUCAAAGCAUGACUGCCUGUCUGCAGGGAGAAGGAUUUCAUUUUUCUUUUCUGCUGGUCCACGGGUCCUGGGCACUGGGAGAGGGCCAACUGCAGUCAGGGAGGAGGCACAGCUAGCUGCAGUUCUCCUUCUUCCCUCAGUCUGAUGAAAGAGUUCUGAACUACAAACCCAAAUUCUGCAAAAAAUAAUAAUAAGCCACAAAACUAAAAGGUCUGGCCCCAGCCUGGAAAAAGGCAAAGCUGCAUGAGACAGCUUCUGCCUCCUCAUCGCUCCUGGACUGGCUUCCUCCUUGAGAAAAUGCACAGCAAGCGCUCUGGGAGACGGAAAGCACGAAGACUGACUCAAGCUGUUUUUUAGACCAAGGAGCACUGGAGGAUGCCAUGGAGCGGCCCGCUGUGCAGGCUCAUGGCUGUCAUCAAGCCUUUUCUAGAUGUAGCCAUCAGAGACCCGUUUGUUGUGUGAUAUGCACCUUUGUGAGUGUGUAAGAGGUUUCCUGUUUUGUCUCUUUUGAAAAACAAAAUUGAAGGGCUCCAUUCCAGAGGACAGAGGAUUCUUCAAGAGUUAAGCUGGUUGUCUGUCUUGACAUUUACUUUCACGGUAAGAUCAUCAGUCUGGGGGUUGAAGAAGACCUGGAGGGUACUAGUUCUGUUUUUGAGGAGGAAUCUCUUGGAGUUUAAGCAGUGCUAGCUGGGGCAACUGAAAAGGCACAUCCACAUUUUAUAUCCGGGGGACUGCUGACCCAUCCACUGUGGAGUGGAAGUUGCUGGAAAGCAGGCCUAAGCCAUUCACUACAGACUGGCCAAGCAGCCUGGCUGUCACAAUUAGCCUCUAGAGUCUUCAUAUCUUUCCAUCUCAUCCAGAUUCUGUGACGGUUACCCAGAGUCUGCAUGUCCUUCCCUAGAGCCUGAGUGGUAUGAGGUGACAGGUCUCUCUCUCCACUGCCCCUUUCUGGUUAAAAAACAAACAAUGGUGCUUGAUGAGGGAAAACAAGACUCUUCUGGGACUGAGGUGUUACCACUGCCCGGAUGCCUGCAUGGGAAGAGGUGGACUCUGCGUCUUCCGUUGGUGGCCAAGAAGAGGAGGGUGGAGGAUGUGCCUAGCACGAGCUUGAUGCACAGCAGGCACUUGGGAAUAUUUGCUGUGCUGAGUGUGAAGAGCACUGGCCUCCAAGACAGAGCUGCAAGCCAUCACCCAGUGACCAUCCCUUCCCUCCAGUCUUUCAGAGCUCUCCAGGCUGGCUCAGCCACCACAGCUUCGGCCAAGCGUGGCAGCACAGGGGAGGAGAGACAGGAUAAAAGGCAGAUGUCAGCAAUACCAAGGGCUUCCUCAUGGGAAGGCAUGAGGCUCCACUCAUUGUCUUGUGACUUCCAUCCCUGCUGAAUGGGGCUGCGAGGCCAAGGCUCCUCACAGGAGAGGUCCUUACCUCUAAUACAGUUAGAGCAAUAACCACUUUUUAAAUGUAAAAUAAAAAGACAAAUGAAAAGGCA